GGCUACUCAACAUCAGAAAUCUGGUAUGCAGUCUUGGAUGAUGGCACAAAUUACUGUAACUUACAUAAUCUCAUCACAGGUAAUUAUGACUUCUGUGUUUGCUUGUGUGUUUCUCUGUCAGCAAGAUAAAAACAACUAUCAAACAGUGCAAGGCAAUGGCCAAGGACAACUGGAUUAAAUGUUGGUUCAAUUUGCAUGAAAUGUGAAUAAUUUACAAAUGUUUGUCUUUCCUAGCUAAAAAGAACCGAAUGCGUAUAAUUAGUGCCCAAUUUCAUUUCCUGCCGGAGGCGCGCAGUCUGUGAGUGCUCUCUGGUUAACAUGAUCAUUUGAUUAGCAAACAUUUUGUUCUCUCUUUAUGCACAUGGGUAGAAGAGACAAAAAUCAUCCACGCGUAAAGGCCAUGGCCGCCAAGAGGAGAUGGAGGGAUUUGCCCCCAGGACCCCAACUCAAAAGGGCCCCAAAGUGACGAACCCCCUUAGAAGUUCUUGGCGGCCAUGGCUUGGAAGCGGGCAAGUUAAAUUAAUUGAUAGAAAUUAUUGCAGAUUGAUACUUUACCAUUACUUUUUGUUUUAGGUUCUAGUUUGGAUAAAGCACCUGGUUAUAAGGAGGUAACCGACAACAGUGAAUGCACUCAAUACACCUCAGCAAAUUGUGACAAGUAUUAAAUAAUGAAUAAUACACGGUUGGUGAAUAUACAGUAAUAUGAUCACACGGUUCAUUCUCAUUGAUGUUAAUUUUUUAUUAUAAUCAUUGAUGUUUUAACUAACGUACGAAUAUAAUGGGGUGCACAAAUUAUAUGGAUUUAAUGACGAAUAUUAUGAAAAGAUAUUUUAAUUAGCUUAUAGGAUGAACAUACUGUAACACCUACGAUUGUACGCCAUGCAAAAUUUUGACAUUCACAGUAAAUAAUAAAAUUAAUAAUCUUUUAAUUACUGAAUAGAAGUACUUAAUAAAGUAAGAAUUUCGUUGUUAUCAUAGUGAUUGUCGCGCCUUUGUAAAUGGCAAAUACCUGUACCUACAGUAGAGCACUGUAAAAUUUCACUGCGAAAAUCAAUUAUUGUUGAAAAAGUUCUACUGUAGUACUUAGCUAAUUUACUCACUUCUCGCGUCUUGAAAUGCAGGCGUUUUAUCCAAGACGUAAAAGUUUGUAAUUCCCCGUUGUAAGCAGACCGUAGGCUUAUGAAUCUCAUUCUAUGAAUAGCCGUCAUUGUUACGUUGCCGUCCCACAUCGUAAGGUCUCUAUUAUUCCAACUGGUUGCAAAUAUGUUCAUUAACAUUACGUUAUUUAGCCAGCAAUGUUCCAACAACUUUUUGGGCUGUGUAUGUUGCUUGAGAGAGAAUGUCUAUACUGGCCCAGUGUUCUUUAACAGAGGCAAUCCAUGCACUCUUUCUUAAAACUCACCUCUUUUUUCACCUCAGCAUUUUGCCUACCGCUGACCAACGCAGUGGCGACGACUGGGUAUUUUUAAGACCCAAUAUUAGUGACUGACUGAUUGUGCCACAAUCAGAAAUUACCGAUUACCAUUUAUUCAUGUACAAUCUACCAUUUUAUAAUGACGUCAUAAUGUCAGUUGACCGAGUAAAGGUGACGUCAUUCAUUUCGAAUUUUAAGGAUAAUUUCCAACGUAACACGUUACUGCAACCAAAGUUCGUCAUACACGGCACGCUUCACGCAUAAUGCGCAAUGUAUAUAAUUUUAAAGAGCGUAUUUUCUCAACAAUCGGUUUUACACGAUCAGAAAUACAGAUAAUUCUACCGAUUCCGAUUGUCUACCGAUACGGCAAACGUCGGCCCGACACCGAUUAUCGGUCAAUCAGUACCCAAUGCAUCCAGCAAUUUGGGUCCGUUUGAACAUUAAGUUCGGUAAGGCUGCCUGAUGUGGCAACAGGUUGGACUUCAGAUUGUUGGAGUAACAAUGUUAGACGAUGUUCGCCUGGUUUCAUCGAAUCCUUAUACACACAUUGAAGAAAUUAAUUUCCAUUUUUUUACGUCAUUUUUAACUCCUCAAUUCUAUUUAUUGUUUUAACAUUUGCUUAUGAUAAAAAUUUCGAAUUAUAAGCCCCUUGUUGCUUCGAGUGAGACCGCCUGCAUAGGGAUGUGAUCAUGUGAAUCGAUUUUGUUGUUUCUGCUUAAGCGUUAAUCUCGUGUUUUGAAAAAUGUUAAUGAAUACUAUAUUUACGAUGUGAACUUUUUACUCAUUAUUUAUUUAAUGAACUUUGGUUGCUUAUUGAAUAUCAGAUUACUACGCAAUGGCUUCAAACAUAAAAGUUAUUAAUGUCUGUGUAUAUGCAUGGAAGUGGUAUAAUCCUAAUUUUAUGACUAUAUUAUAAAAAUCGUAAUUAUAUAUUAUGAAUACUGUACAUUACUGCAGUAAAAUAUGCAAGGUUAAAAGCACUUUACAAUUUGUUAUCAGUUUGUUUUGAAGUAGAAUAACCAAGUAGCUUUUAUAAACUCAUUAAUGAUUAAGAACAUUCAAAGUCAAGCGUUUUUGGUCUAUUGAAGACAGCUGCAAUUACAUAGCUAUAAAAUAUCAAAGAUCAGAGCUGCGACUUUGUUUACAGUCCUUGCUGGCAAACGUUUGUACAAUUGCGAUUAUUGGCUGCUAAACUAAAUCAUUUUUUGUGAGUAUAUCAUCCUGCAUUUAAUCUUUGGAUCAGCUUUCAUUUCCAAUCAGUUCCUUGCUGUGUGUAUUUUCAAGUGGAGUAAAUUUGUACAGCAAUGUUGGAUUCUAUUGACAAAUUAUCUCAGACAUAUGGGACAGCAGCUGGAGCCGGCAAAUCAUCCAAACAUGGAGGAAAAAAACACACAUUGAGUAAAGUAGACAAAAUGGAUGCCGCUAUUUAUCAAAUGAUUGAUCCGAACAAGGAGAAAUACCGACAAGGAGCAACUAGCGUAAUUAUCGCUUUGAAUGUGUUUGUCAUCUUGGUGGCUAUCGUGACGAAAGACAUUACUUUGGCAAUAAUAGUUCCAGCAGUAUGGUUCUUAAGUCCUUGGUAA